UGGCGUAAAUAUUGGCAAUUUAAUUACAAGCCGCCUAACAAAGAGUUGGGCGAUAAAAACAUUCAUAAUUUCUGGCAAUGGUAUUACGUACGUCUAUUUGUUCACUUAAUGCAGCAAUUUUUAUUUUAAUAUUGCAUUUGUCAAAUUGUCAAAUACAAGUUGAUGUGGAGAAAACAGUUGUCUGGGGCCCGGGACUCAAGCCGGAUGAGGUCGUGCUGCCAGCCCGAUAUUUUUUCAUACAUGCUGUCGACAAAGCGGGAAACAAAUUUGAUUCUGUGCCACCGGCAAAAUUCGAUGUGCAGAUCAAUGGGAACUCACCGCAUGGCAAGUGCCGGUCUAAUAUCAAUCUGAUUGAACGCAAUGAUGGCUCCAUCAUCGUGCGUUACUCAAUAUCUGCCGAUUGGUGCGAGCAGGUAGAGAUUGUGGUGCGUUAUAAUAAUUCUCACGUUGCACAGUCCCCGUAUGUGGUGCGAAAUAAGGUGUAUUCGGAACGCUGCUACUGCCCCCAGGACCUGAGCCUGUGGCUCAUACACAACAAUUGCCCAGCAGUCGAUGAUGACAAGCAGAUGACUUGGGACCUGCAUUCUUUUAAACGUGUUAACUUCAGUGCCAUAAGAGAAAAUCUUGUUAAACGAUAUAAUUCGCCUGAGAGCGUUUCAUUGUGCCAUUAUGUGGUCAAGAACCAGCAAAUCUGGAGAAAAUGUUAUGGCAAAUACACUGGCUUUAGCAUGUUUAUGGAUCGGACAUUAUCGGCACUCGGACGGGUGGCGUAUUUGCCCGAUAUGGAGUUUUAUAUAAAUCUGGGCGACUGGCCCCUUUCGAAAAAAGGAGGGCAACAGCGCACAUCAGGUCCAUAUCCUAUAUUUUCCUGGUGCGGUAGUGAUGAUAGCUACGACAUAACGUUGCCAACUUAUGAUAUUACGGAGUCUACUCUAGAGAAUAUGGGGCGCGUGAUGUUGGAUAUAUUGUCGGUGCAAAAGAGUGAGUAUCCUUGGGAUACCAAAGAAGAAAAGGCGUUCUUUCGUGGCAGGGACUCGCGUAGGGAACGACUGCAAUUGAUUGAUUUGGCCAGGAAGCAUCCAGAUAUGAUAAACGCGUCCAUAACAAAUUUCUUCUUCUUCCGGAACGAAGAAGAAAAGUACGGCCCAAAGGUGCCGCACAUAUCGUUUAUGGAAUUUUUCAGGUAUAAAUAUCAGCUAAACAUCGAUGGAGCUGUUGCAGCAUAUCGAUUACCAUAUUUACUUGCUGGCGGCUCGUUAGUCCUUAAACAGGAAUCAAACUAUUACGAACAUUUUUAUAGCAAGUUGGUACCGUACAAGCAUUAUGUGCCCAUCAAACGCGAUCUCAGCGAUGUUAUAGAGAAAAUAGAGUGGGCUAGAAAUAAUGAUAUGCGUGCAAGAGAAAUAGUAUCGGCUGCACGCGAAUUUGUGGAUAACAAUCUUUUGCCACAACACAUUUAUUGUUAUCACUUAACCAUGUUUAAGGAAUGGGCCACGAGGCUGAUAUCGCCAGUUGUCGUGCUACCCGACAUGGAAAAACUUCAUUUAAGUUAUACAUGCUCAUGUAAAGAGCACCCCAUAAAAGAUGAACUUUAGACAGAGAAUGUAUCCAAAAGAAUCCUCAUACAGUAAUAAGUUUUUAAAGUGUUUUAGUUUUUUAUAAGUGAAAUCAUGCUGCACAACCACCUCUACCAGUUUCUCUUUAGUACUUAUUUACAUUAAAGCUCAUUGAAAUUAA